AUGGAUAAACCUUUAUUUUUAUUUACAUUUGUAUAUUCUUUAAAUUUUUUAUUUCGUCGUAAUACGAGGACAGAUGGACAUGAAGAGUAUAUUGGUUGUUUUUCGAGUGUCAUACCAUCCAGUGCUUGCUUCGUUGAUUCCUACACGGAGUGCAAAACAUUCUGUAUGGACGAUGAAAACUCAUACCUGAUUGCUUUCAGAGUUUGGAAUGUUUUUCAUUUUGUUGACAAGGACAAGACGGAAUGCUACUGCGUCGUUCGAGUAGACCUUAUGGUUUCCUCCAGCAAAUGUAACAUGCUCUGCAAUAAUAAGAUCGAUAAUUGUGGUGGUGAAAUGUUUUAUUCAGUUUUUUCAAUAAAAAAAGCACCACAUCUCGAUUUCUCGCACAUCAUGUCCCUGCCAUUCAGUAACACGAAAAAAUGCUUCGACGCUCUCAACGUUAUCUCUAUUCAGCUGUGCAUAGCCGCAUGCAGUGAGAUGAAGUUCCCUCAUACCAUUCUGAAAGACACACAAUGUUGUUGCGCUCUACUGAUGGAAGGUCAAUGUGAAAAGCCCUCCUAUGACCCUUCUUGCCACAAAUUUUGCGAAGGGGACCAGACUCAGAUCUGCGGGGGCUACCAGUGCCUGCCCAUAUACUCAACAUUCAGCCAACUUGUUUUUCAAAGCGGAAAAUCAGUAUUCCACCAUUGGCAGAACAGCCCCUUAAGUCUUAUGAACACCCCAGGUUCUGGGGGUCUGUGCCAGGAAGGCUGGACAGACUGUUUCGUUCAAAAUGGAGAUUGUGGCGAAGAAUUCAUAUGCAAACGCCUGUCAGUGAACGGGGUACAGUAUGCCGAAUGUUUCUGCAGUGAUGACAAUUACUACACAUUCGGAAAAUGUCUACGUAAUCAUUCUUACUAG